GACCAGUUCCCUGAGUUUUCUGGCACAAAACCCAUAGAGGCAGGGGAUUGAUAGAGCUACAGAAGAUACUUUAGAUGUUGAAGAAAUAGCACAUGGCGAGUGUUUAUUAAAAUGAACAGGUUUGGGGGGAUUCCUUGCCCUGAUUGCCCCGACAGACCUUAAAAAGUAAUUGUCUAUAUUUUGUCUCAGGCAUGACAACAAGCAGUCCUGACUGAGAAUUCUGAGAAUGUCUUUAGACUGAGGAAAUUACUUUUAGUUCAGACCCUCCUAACAGCCUCAUUAUUGGGGCUGUACUAGUAUUAGGCACCACCCUCAGAAUCUCAUUGUAGACUUAAUUCAGUUUUCUUUUACUCCAGGUGUAUUGUAAACGACAUGAGUUCCUCAGGCACUUCUAGGGCCUGUCUUUCUAAUCCUGUCAGACAACCCAGAAUCCAUCUGGCAGAUUUAACCAAUGUUGAAUAUGUUAUCUUCUGUUAUUUGCUGUUUUCUGAGCAACCUGAGUUUUACAACAUUCAAAAGGAAGUUUUGCAGACUUUAAAAAUCUAACUUCUCUCCCCGUCCUAAAGAAACUUUUCAUUAAUGUCUGCUACCCAAAUGUGUGUUCAAUACCAUAAUUUGUUAUUUGAAAGCAAUUCUCUGAAAGUCUGUAGGUUAUGAAUAUAUAAUACUAGAUCAGACCCAUAUCCCAUAUAGUCUCCUACAAAGAAGAUACUUAGCAAUUAUUUGAAAAGAGAAAUGAGUUGCAUUCCUUUCCAAAGCUUUGAUGCAAAGUUAUGAUCAAAAGUUCAGGCUAUAGCUAUUCACCAGUGUAACCAGAUUACUAUUUUACACUCAAUUACUAACAACUCAUGUUUAUUGAGCUCUUCAUUGGAAAAUGCUGUGCUAAGUGGUUUAUGUUUAUCUUCAAUUCUCAAAACAAUGAGGUAGGUGGUAUUUUCCAUGCUUCCAGAUGAGGAAACCCAAGUCUUAAACUGUCUAAAAUUACAGUGGACUUUUCUAGUGGAGGCAGAACUAGAACUCAGGUAAGUCUGAUGCCAGAGCCUGCACUCAGUCUUUAUUUCUCAAGUUAAUGCUACUGUUAAGCAUUCUAGACUCAUGGUCAUUCUGUAUAGUACUAUACCAUAGUGCAGAAUGAAAGUUGAAUUUGGCUCACUACUUGGGUCCUUCAAUUGAGACCAGGAUAGACACUGGCCUCUCAUGACUGGAAUUUAAUUUCGUUGUUGCUGUUGUUUUAAGGUUUUAUUUUUAAGUAAUCUCUCUACCCAACAUGGGGCUCCAGUUCACAACCCUGAGAUCAAGAGUCACAUGGUCUACCAACUGAGCCAAGCAGGUGCCCCUGGAAUUUGGUUCUUUAGGUAGGUGUGGGGAGGGCUAAUGACUAGUGCCGUCUUGGCUGCCUUCUCUCAAGAAAGGAUUGUUUUGGGGCAGCUGGCUGGAAUAAAACAUUCUAGAGCUAGAGCUGCACUGUCCAGUUAACAGUAACCACUAGCUAUGUGUGGCUAUUACUAAAAAAAACUUAAGUGAUCUCUACACCCAAGGUGGGGCUUGAACUCAGGACGCUGAGAUGAAGAGUCUUCGCGUGCUUUAGCAACCAAGCCAGCCAGGCGCCCCAUUUUUUUUUUUAAGUGGAUGUGUGACUAUUUAAAUGUAAAUUAAAAUUAAGUGGUGUUUUUAAUUUUUUUUAAUUAAUUUAAAAUUUAAUUAAAUUUGGGAAGUGACGGAGACGAGCUAGCGCGUCGAGGAUACCUCUAUGGUUUUCCUCCCGUUCUUGAGUCAGGAAAUGGCCGCUGUGUCGUUACAACGGAGAUAAGUCCCGGGAACGGUGCUUUCGGCGUUUCAGGAAUUUGAAUUUAGAGUUUAAUUUCUCAGAACAUUUUCUCCAGGAAGAACUUUACAGUAUCUUAAAGACUUCACUUGACUGUUUAAUCCUGCAUAAAACCCAAGGAGAAAAGAAAUGGGUCGCUCCAAUUCUAGAUCACAUUCUUCAAGAUCAAAGUCUAGAUCACAGUCUAGUUCUUGAUCAAGAUCAAGAUCACAUUCUAGAAAGAAGAGAUACAGUUCUAGGUCUCGUUCCAGGACAUAUUCAAGAUCUCGUAGUAGAGGUCGUAUUUAUUCUAGAGAUUAUUGCCAAGAUUACAGAAAUAAUAGAGGAAUGAGACGACCUUAUGGGUACAGAGGAAGGGGCAGAGGGUAUUAUCAAGGAGGAGGAGGUAGAUAUCAUCGAGGUGGUUAUAGACCUGUCUGGAAUAGAAGACACUCUAGGAGUCCUGGACGAGGUCGUUUACGUUCCAGGAGUCCAAAAAGAAGAUCCGUUUCUUCUCAAUCCCGAAGCAGAUCUCGCUGGUCAUAUAGAUCUAGGUCUCCAAGAUCAUCCUCUUCUCGUUCUUCAUCCCCAUAUAGCAAAUCUCCUGUCUCUAAAAGACGAGGGUCUCAGGAAAAACAAACCAAAAAAGCUGAAGGGGAGCCCCAAGAAGAGAGUCCUUUGAAAAGUAAAUCACAGGAGGAGCCGAAAGAUACAUUUGAACAUGACCCAUCUGAAUCUAUUGAUGAGUUUAACAAAUCAUCAGCCACAUCUGGUGAUAUUUGUCCUGGCCUCUCAGCUUAUGAUAAUAGUUCUAGAUCACCUCAUAGUCCGUCACCAAUUGCUACACCACCUAGUCAGAAUUCAUCUUGCUCUGAUGCCCCCAAGCUCAGUACAGUCCACUCUGCAAAAAACACCCCCUCUCAGCAUUCACAUUCCAUUCAGCAUAGUCCUGAAAGGUCUGGGUCUGGUUCUGUUGGAAAUGGAUCUAGUCGGUACAGUCCUUCUCAGAAUAGUCCAAUUCACAUCCCUUCACGAAGAAGCCCUGCAAAGACAAUCACACCACAGAAUGCUCCAAGAGAUGAGGCUAGGGGAUGUUCUUCAUUUUAUCCUGAUGGUGGAGAUCAGGAAACUGCGAAGACAGGAAAAUUCUUAAAAAGGUUCACAGAUGAAGAGUCUAGAGUAUUCCUACUUGAUAGGGGUAAUACCAGGGAUAAAGAGGCUCCAAAGGAGAAAGGAUCAGAGAAAGGGAGGGCAGAGGGAGAAUGGGAAGAUCAGGAAGCGCUAGGUUACUUUAGUGAUAAAGAGUCUGGAAAACAAAAGUUUAAUGAUUCAGAAGGGGAUGACACAGAGGAGACAGAGGAUUAUAGACAGUUCAGGAAGUCAGUCCUUGCAGAUCAGCGUAAAAAUUUUGCUACUACAUCUCACCGGAAUACUGAGGAGGAAGGACCCAAGUACAAGUCCAAAGUUUCAUUGAAAGGCAAUAGAGAAAGUGAUGGAUUUAGAGAAGAAAAAAAUUAUAAACUUAAAGAGACUGGCUACGUAGUGGAAAGGCCUAGCACUGCAAAAGAUAAGCACAAGGAAGACGACAAAAGUUCUGAGAGAAUAACAGUAAAGAAAGAAACUCAGUCACCUGAGCAGGUAAAGUCUGAAAAGCUCAAAGACCUCUUUGAUUACAGUCCCCCUCUACACAAGAAUCUGGAUGCACGAGAAAAGUCUACCUUCAGAGAGGAGAGCCCACUUAGGAUCAAAAUGAUAGCCAGUGAUUCUCAUCGUCCUGAAGUCAAACUCAAAAUGGCACCUGUUCCUCUUGAUGAUUCUAACAGACCUGCUUCCUUGACUAAAGACAGGCUACUUGCUAGUACACUUGUCCAUUCUGUCAAGAAGGAACAAGAAUUCCGAUCCAUCUUUGACCACAUUAAGUUGCCACAGGCCAGCAAAAGCACUUCAGAAUCUUUUAUUCAACACAUUGUGUCCUUGAUUCAUCAUGUUAAAGAGCAAUACUUCAAAUCAGCUGCAGUGACCCUAAACGAGAGGUUCACUUCGUAUCAGAAAGCCACCAAAGAACAUAGUACCAGGCAAAAGAGCCCUGAGAUACACAGGAGAAUUGACAUCUCUCCAAGUGCCCUGAGGAAGCAUACUCGUUUAGCAGGGGAAGAGAGAGUUUUUAAAGAAGAAAAUCAAAAGGGAGAUAAAAAACUAAGGUGUGAUUCUGCUGAUUUUCGGCAUGACAUUGAUCGUCGGAGAAAAGAAAGAAGUAAAGAACGGGGGGAUUCCAAGGGCUCCAGGGAAUCCAGUGGAUCAAGAAAGCAGGAAAAAACUCCAAAAGAUUACAAGGAAUACAAAUCUUACAAAGAUGACAGUAAACAUAACAGUAGAGAGCAAGAUCAUUCUCGAUCUUCAUCCUCUUCAGCAUCACCUUCUUCUCCCAGUUCUCGAGAAGAAAAGGAGAGUAAGAAGGAAAGAGAAGAAGAAUUUAAAACUCACCAUGAACUGAAAGAAUACUCAGGCUUUGGAGGAGUUAGCCGACCACGAGGAACCUUUUUUCGAAUUAGAGGCAGAGGAAGAGCCAGAGGAGUUUUUGCUGGGACAAAUACUGGUCCAAACAACUCAAAUGCUACUUUUCAAAAGAGACCGAAGGAAGAGGAAUGGGAUCCAGAAUAUACCCCAAAGAGCAAGAAGUACUUCUUGCAUGAUGACAGAGAUGAUGGUGUGGAUUAUUGGGCCAAAAGAGGAAGAGGUCGUGGUACUUUUCAACAUGGCAGAGGGCGCUUUAACUUCAAAAAAUCAGGUAGCAGUCCAAAAUGGACUCAUGACAAAUACCAAGGGGACGGGAUUGUUGAAGAUGAAGAAGAGACCAUGGAAAAAGAAAAGAAGGACAGACGCAAAGAAGAAAAGGAAUAG